GAGCUUGCCUUUGCCAUUGCCAGUCGUCACUGCUCUCUGUUCCUCUGCUCCUCUGUCCUUAAAUUUUUCUCUUCUGUGAGAAACUGAGCCAACGCAAAAACCCAUCAAUAUACUUCUGCCUACGAUAAGCAUUUUCAGUUUUCAGUUCAUCGGAAACAACUACUACAGUAACCAUGGCUCUCAAGCUCAAUCCUUUCCUUUCUCAAUCACAAAAGUUGCCUUCUUUCGCGCUCCCACCAAUGGCCAGCCUCAGAUCUCCCAAGUUCUACAUGGCUUCUACCCUUAAGACUGGCUCCAAGGAGGUUGAGAAUCUCAAGAAGCCUUUUACGCCUCCUCGGGAGGUGCAUGUUCAGGUUACCCAUUCUAUGCCACCCCAAAAGAUCGAGAUCUUCAAAUCUCUGGACGAUUGGGCAGAGAAGAACAUCCUGAUUCAUCUGAAGCCAGUUGAGAAGUGUUGGCAACCACAGGAUUUUUUGCCAGAUCCUGCCUCUGAUGGAUUUGAUGAACAAGUCAAGGAACUUAGGGAGAGAGCAAAGGAGAUUCCAGAUGAUUACCUUGUUGUUUUGGUGGGAGACAUGAUCACUGAAGAAGCUCUUCCCACUUAUCAAACAAUGCUGAACACGUUAGAUGGAGUUCGGGAUGAAACCGGUGCAAGCCUUACUUCUUGGGCAAUUUGGACAAGGGCAUGGACUGCUGAAGAAAAUAGACAUGGCGACCUCCUCAACAAGUAUCUCUACCUGUCUGGACGAGUAGACAUGAGGCAAAUCGAGAAGACAAUUCAAUAUUUGAUUGGUUCUGGAAUGGAUCCACGGACGGAAAACAGUCCAUACCUUGGGUUCAUCUACACAUCUUUCCAAGAAAGGGCAACGUUUAUUUCCCAUGGCAACACUGCAAGACUUGCCAAAGAACAUGGAGACAUAAAACUGGCUCAAAUAUGCGGUACAAUUGCUGCAGAUGAGAAGCGCCAUGAGACGGCAUACACAAAGAUAGUGGAGAAACUCUUUGAGAUUGAUCCUGAUGGAACUGUUUUGGCUUUUGCUGACAUGAUGAGAAAGAAAAUUUCUAUGCCUGCACACUUGAUGUAUGAUGGCCGUGACGACACUCUUUUUGACCACUUUUCAGCUGUUGCACAGCGGCUCGGAGUCUAUACUGCGAAGGACUAUGCAGAUAUAUUGGAGUUCUUGGUGGGGAGAUGGAAGGUGGAUAAGCUAACAGGACUAUCAUCUGAGGGGCAAGAGGCUCAAGAUUACGUUUGUCGGUUACCUCCGAGAAUCAGAAGGCUCGAAGAGAGAGCUCAAGGAAGGGCCAAGGAAGCAGCCACCAUUCCGUUCAGUUGGAUUUUCGAUAGAGAAGUGAAGCUAUAAGUGAAGAAUGGAAUAGAAAUUUUAUAGUUGCAGUGUGUUUACAAAUGCAGUUUAGUUGAACUUGUGUGGAAGGAGAGGAGAGGUUGUUGUUAAGUUGUAGAUACAGUUGUUUCUUAUGUGUUGUCAUGAGUUUGCUGAUAAGGGGGCAGCUCUAGUUUUGAUAUUCUGUUCUUUUACAUGUUUUCUUUUACCAGUUUGUUUCUUUCUUU